AUGUCCACCCCACAGGAAAGCCAGAAGGACGCGCUCGUCAGCACCUGGACGAGCAGACUGGCCGGCUGCCACAAAGUCAAGCUCGCAGGCAUCGACGCCGACGGCCUCCUCCGCGGCAAGCUGGUCUCCACCCCCAAGCUGCUCUCGGCCAUCAAGACCGACGGCCUGGGCUGGUGCAGCGUCAUCUUCGGCUGGGAUAUCCACGACCGCACCUACGAGCCCGAGCUGACGAUCUCCAACAGCCAGAACGGCUACCGCGACCUGACGGCCCGCGUCGAUCUGGACACCUACCGGUGCGUGCCAUGGGAGCCCAACGAGCUCGCAUCCGCCCCCGACCACCGCCCAGGCACCCCGUUCUUCCUCAUCGACUUCUUCAGCCCCGCCGCGCCCCACACGCCCCUCUCCGUCUGUCCGCGAGGCCUGCUCAAGUCCGUCCUGGCCAAGCUCAGCGCCCAGGCGGGCAUCCAGGCCCUGGCCGGCAUCGAGUACGAAUACUUCCAGUUUAAAGAAACGGCGCAGUCGGCCAAGGACAAGCACUUCGUCAAUCUGGCCCCCUUGACGCCCGGCAUGCACGGAUACUCGCUCUUGCGCCCCGGCCUGAACAGAGAAUACUUCCAGGACCUCUUCGAGACCGCCCAAGCCUUCGGGAUCCCCAUCGAAGGACACCACACCGAAACCGGCCCGGGCGUCUACGAAACCGCGCUGGAAUACACGGACGCCCUGCGGAUGGCGGACAAUGCAAUCCUGUUCAAGCUUGCCGCCAAGAGCGUCGGAAUGAAGUACGGGAUCAUGCCGUCCUUCAUGGCCAAGCCGCACGCCAACCUCCCGGGCUGCUCGGGCCACGUGCACAUCUCGCUGUGGACGGCCGGCAGGGGGGCGAACCUCUUUGCGGGGCGCCAGCCGGCGCCGAGCUGGCCCGAGCACACGGCCCACAUCUCCGUCCAGGCCGAGCAGUUCGUCGCCGGGCUGAUGGCCUGUCUGGCCGACAUCGUCCCGUGCCUCAUCCCGACCGUCAACGGCUACAAGCGUCUCGUCGAGGGCUUCUGGGCCGCCACCCACGUCAGCUGGGGCCUCGACAGUCGCCUCGCCUCCGUCCGCAUCAUCGCGCCCCCGAACUGCGAGCCCAACGCCACCCGGCUCGAGGUCCGCGUGCCCGGCGCAGACAUGAACCCCCACUACGCGCUCGCGGCGAUCCUCGCCGCCGGCUUCUACGGCAUCGAGCACCACCUCUCGCUGAAGGACUUCCCGCCGGUCUCCAGCGCAGCCUCCACGCCCGCGCCCUCGCCCGCCCUGCCCGGCACGCUUUCCGAGGCCGUCCAGCGGUUCAUGCGCCCCGAGAGCAAGGCCCGGCUGGUCCUCGGCAACGCCUUCGUCGACCACUUCGGCGCCACCAGGCUUAACGAAUGGAAGCUGUACACCCAGGCAGUCACUAACUGGGAGCUCGAACGGUACCUCGAACUAGCAUGA